GAAGAAAUUACCCUACAAAAAUAUUUAUUUAUUUCAAAUAGUAAAUACAAGCACAUAACAAAAUGCCUUUAAUAAUUAUUACUGGAGUUCCUUGUAGUGGAAAAACAACGCGAGCCGAAGAAUUACGGUCGUUCUUCGAAAACCUCAACAAACAAGUGCACAUUGUUAGUGAAUUUCAACAAUUAUCCAAAGCUGGUUUCGACAAAACCACCUGCUAUUCGGACAAAGACAAAGAGAAGCACCUAAGGGGUACAAUAAAAUCGGAAAUAAUCAAACUAAUGUCCCCCCAUAACGUAGUUAUACUAGACGGUUUGAAUUACAUAAAAGGCUACAGGUACGAAUUGUUUUGCGCAGCGAAGGCCAGCAAAUGCGCCCAAUGUACAGUUCACACAGAAAUCAACAGAGACGAAGCGUGGAAUUUGAAUGAACAAAGAAACAGCCCCGAGAAGUACGACAGGGCGACGUUCGAUGCUUUAGUAAUGAGAUACGAGGAUCCUGAUGGCAAGAACCGAUGGGACGCUCCACUAUUCACUUGUUACCUGAACAGCGAUUUAAAUAAAGAAGAAAUUUACUCGGCCUUGUUUAAGAAGCCGCUGCCCAAGCCUAAUAUGUCUACGCAAAAUCCACCGUUGAAAUCGACCAAUUUUCUCUACGAAUUGGACAGGACUACUAAGAAAAUUGCGGACAGUUUGGUGGUGAAAAUUAAAAAUGGAGAGACCGGUCGGGUAAACGUACCUGGCUUUGAGGAAUUCACAUUGGAUAUAUCCGAUGUUAGUAUACCGGAAUUGAUGAAUUGCAGAAGACAGUACGUUAAUUACUCAAAAUCGCACGCUCCUGAUCCGGUUAAUAUACCCAAACUUUUCGUACAGUAUUUGUCCACGAAUUUUAAUAAAGAUUAAACUAAAAAUUAUAAUAA